AUGGUUCUCGGAAGGAAAAAGAAUCCUGACCCCAACGGUGAUAAAAUCUACGUACUGCAACACAUUGAUGUUUUCAAGAAGCCACAAUCGAUCACCCAAUUACCUGCAUUCAUCUACACUCCAUCGAGUAGUACAGCUUGUGGAAUCAAGUUGAAAGUUGGCAGCGAAUAUCUUCUUGCUGGUAAGAUUUCUCGCUUUUCUGGUCAGCUCAUAUGGCUGGUUCCAGGAACUGCUUUUGAUUUUUGA